UGCUCAACUAUAAAUACCCAUCAGAAGUAACAAAUGUUCCUCAAUCCCGCUAAAAGAUCUACAAUUGAUGGCUGCUUCUUGGUUUGUUGUAGCCAUAACAUGGCUAGCUUCUAUAGCCUUCCUCUCAAGAAUUUUCACUAGCCGGCGCAACCAGCUAAAGCUUCCACCAGGUCCCAAGCCCUGGCCGAUCAUUGGCAACCUGAACCUCAUCGGUUCCCUCCCGCACCAAUCUCUUCACGAACUAUCCCAAAAAUACGGACCAUUAAUGCAGCUUAAAUUUGGUUCACACCCUGUCGUGGUUGCAUCAUCUGCAGACAUGGCGAAGCAGUUCCUGAAGAACCAUGACCAAAAUUUUGCCUCUAGACCCCGAACUGCAGCCGGCAAGCACACUACUUAUAACUACAAGAAUAUUACGUGGGCUCCUUAUGGACCAUACUGGCGGCAAGGGCGCAAAAUUUACCUGAAUGAGCUAUUCAGCUCGAAAAGACUCGAGUCCUUCGAGUACAUCCGCGUCGAGGAAAUGCGUGCUUUGGUCUCUUGCCUCUAUGGAUUCUCAGGGAAGCCGGUUUUGCUUAAAGAGCACCUCUCGCGUGCUACUCUCAGCGUUAUAAGCAGAAUCGUUUUGGGAAAGAAAUACUUCAGUGAGUCUGAUGAUCAGCUUGAAACUUCGAUGGUGACUCUGAAAGAGUUUCAAGAGAUUCUGGACGAGUUGUUCUUGCUUAAUGGAGUGUUGAAUAUUGGGGACUGGAUACCCUGGCUGGACUUUUUAGACUUGCAGGGGUACGUAAAGCGAAUGAAGGCUUUGAAGAAAAAACUGGAUCGAUUUCAUGAGCAUGUGUUUGAUGAACAUAAGAGCAAAAAGAAAGAAUUGAAGGAUUUUGUGCCACAAGACAUGGUGGAUUUACUGUUGCAGCUGGCUGAUGAUCCUGAUAUAGAUGUUAAGCUCUCUUAUGAUGGCGUCAGGGGGUUCACUCAGGACCUGAUAGCUGGAGGGACAGAUACCUCGGCAACAACUGUGGAAUGGGCAAUCUCUGAACUCAUCAAACAACCCCAACUCAUCAAAAAGGCAACUGAAGAACUAGACAGGGUAAUUGGCAGAGAGAGAUGGGUCGAAGAGAAAGACAUCCCUCAACUUCCUUACACAGAUGCAAUCAUGAAAGAAACAAUGAGGAAACACCCGGUUGCCGUAAUGCUAGCACCACACUUGGCCCUGCAAGAUUGUAUUGUUGCUGGAUAUGAUAUUCGCAAAGGAACUACAGUCUUCAUUAACACUUGGAGCAUGGGGAGAGACCCGUCGCUGUGGGAGGAACCUGAGGAGUUUCGCCCUGAGAGGUUCCUAGGGAAGAAUAUCGAUGUGAAGGGGCAACAUUUUGAGCUGUUGCCAUUUGGUUCUGGAAGGAGGAUGUGCCCUGGCUAUAGCCUUGGACUAAAGAUGAUUCGAUCAAGCUUAGCAAACUUGUUACAUGGGUUCAACUGGAAAUUGCCUGACAAUACUAAUGCAGAAGAUUUGAGCAUGGAGGAAGUUUAUGGAUUGGCAACACCGAGAAAAUUCCCACUCGUUGCAGUUUCGGAGCCCCGUCUCCCGCUUCAUCUUUAUAAGAUCUAAAUCCCACAUAAAUCCUUCUUCUCAGUACUUUUCGACCAGGUAUUUCCCCACCUAUGCAGUCAUCUGUGGUACUAUGAGCGUUCUAUUAUCAUGUCUAUGUGUCUCUUUAGCUGUUUAAUGCACCCACUUGAGGGGCUGAUGUCUAUAUUGUAUGCUGUAAUCCUACAACUUUGUGACUAAUAAAUAUUGCAUCCUUUAAAUUGAGGCA